AUGCUCCGCGGUUUUAUUGUUCGCACAAGGAGGCGAGGAAGCGGGGUGCCCGAAUGGACGCCUCUGUUCAGGGACGAGUGUAACUUCGACGCUGAGAUCUUCGAGAGGGUCAUGUUGAAUCUGAUCAAGAAUCCUAACAUCAACUCAUCAUGGCUCUUCAGGGCCGACAUUCUACUCGAUCGGGUCGUCUCAGAAGUUUCCGAGUGCCCAGCCUCCGCUUCAAGCCCUCAACCGUUGAUACCAGGGUACAAAGGUCUGGUGAUCAAGAGGCUCCUCGUCCGCAGGAUGAUCCCUCGGAAUGAACUUAGGGAUAAGCCUCUGGAGCAGAGCUGCGUCUUCUACCAAGGCACCAUCUCUGAAGGUGUCCAGAGGUCUCUCAUUAUAUAUCUCCCACAUGUACGAUCCGAGCAGGACAUCCCUUUUUACCAUCCAGCCGUGAGAGGUAUAGCUUUUCUCCAUGAUUGGAGGCCAGCAGAGGGCAAGGGCACUGUCUCCACGCAGUACCUCUUCUUUGACUCAGGCAGCAGGACCGAAAAGCUCACCAGGACGGCCCUGCAUCUGCUCCGAGUGUUGCACAAGCACGGUGAGGGCCAGGUGGCUGGCUACAAGAAACGAGUGCAUCACGAUGUCUUGGUUCCACAAGCCUCCCUGCAGAGUACCUACGCCACACUCAAGCAAAAGUAUGCCAAAUCUCUUGUCGAAGGCUGGGAGGAGGUGACGGAUCCUUCGAAACACGUCUUUGAGGACCUCUGCAUCGCCGCCUUCCUGAUCGAGCUCUGGAAGGAGAUGUACAAGGACCUUGACUUUCCUGGUUUCGUCGAUAUCGGUUGUGGAAAUGGCCUCCUCGUCCACAUCCUAAAUUGCGAGAACUACGCGGGCUGGGGAUUUGAUGCAAGAGUGCGAAGAUCUUGGGCCAAAUACAACUCGAGUGUUUCCGUCCGCAGCCUAGACGGCGGCUUUCACGUCCAGGAUUCCUUGAAGGCGCAUGUCUUGCUCCCUGCUGUUACCGCGAAGCCGACGGACAACAGCGGAAUCAAGAUUAGUGAGGGCCAGACCCACGAUGGCAUUUUUCCUGAGGGUACUUUCAUUAUCUCGAAUCAUGCCGAUGAGCUGACGCCAUGGACACCAAUUCUCGCGAGGCUGUCGGGUUGCCCGUUCAUUAUGAUACCAUGUUGCAGCCAUAACCUCGGUGGCGACAGGUGGCGGGCACCUCCACCGAAGGACAAAAUGGCCUCCCAUUCGGCCUACAACUCGCUCUGUGGGUGGGUUGCUGAGAUCGCCGAGGACUGCGGCUGGGAGGUCGAGAAGGAGGUGUUGCGCAUCCCAUCGACUCGGAAUGUGGCGCUGGUAGGGCGGCGCCUUGCUAACGAGGAGGAAUUGGAUAUUUACGCUCUGUUGUACAAGUAUGGUGGGACUGGUGGUUAUUACGACAACGUCGUCAAGCUGUUCAGAGCAUCGGCCCGGGGCCAUUAA